AUGAAAUUCUUUCCCCCCCAUGAUUGGCUCGGAAAAGAGAUCGUUUUCCCUGAUGACAUUGGGGUGACUUGGGUGUUGAGUGAAAAGCUCAGUGAAGAUUCCAGACAGUUAACCCAGAAAGACUGCGCCGAAUUUAAUGCAUCAUCUAUCGCGUGGGCCGUAUUUUCAUGCCACCGAAAAGAUGGCAUGGGGGGAAAGCACGCUAUGAAAAUCUAUAUGCAGGUUCCCUGGACAGACACCGAAUUUGCGAGCGCGGCGUCUAGAAAAGCACAGGCGGAUAUCAACCGAUCGGAUAGUAUGGCAUCUGAAAUCAAGGCUCUUCGCUUGCUCACAGAGAAUGGAUCGACACAUACGCCGCUUCUCAUUAGCGAUUUUCAUACUACACAAGACAAUGACGGUAUAGUGCCUACCGGAUUCAUUUCUUAUAUUCUUAUGACCUGGUGCCCUGGAGUCACGCUUGGUGACGGUGAUUAUCGCCGUAAGACCAAAUCUGAGCAAGCUAGGAUUUUCCAAGCUUUCAGAGAAGCGCUCGAAGAUACCAAACGAUGUGGAGUAGUGAGCAAUGGUCUCGGCCCGGGUAAUCUCAUAUGGGAUGCUGCCCACAACACAUGCUACAUGGUAGACUUCAAAUGGUCGGGGCCACCAUCAGAGUGGGAUAUCGCUGAAGAAGUUUGGAUGUCCUGGGGGCUGCAGCCUGGUCCUCCCAGAUUGGAAAUGGAACGUUUGUAG